AACAUUGCCCCAAAACUCAUCAUCAACUAUGAACGAAUACUAUCAUGUUUAAAUGUGAAUUCAUAAAAAAGUUUAUCUAAAGUCCAUUAAAUCGCAAUGCGUGCACACUUCUGGUGUCUGUUGUUCUGUAGCUUUUUGGGAACCUAUCUUGAGGCUGGUGUUAAUAGAGCUUCAAUGGAUAAGCUGGGCUUUCAUAACUACAAUGAGAUUGUGCGCGAUUUAAUCAAGAACUGGGAGUCCCCGAUUAUCUAUCUGCGCCAAUUGGGCUACCUGCCCAGCGACUAUGAGGAUACGUCGAAAAUUAAACCCAACUUGGAUGCACUGAUGAGUCGCAUCGAACGCGAUGAACAGCACGAAGCUGUCCAAACGGAAGUUGACAAACCCAAAGAGCUGGAUACCAAAAAGUUGCAAGUAAAAAAGAAGCGAGAGAUCGUGCGGCGUCAGCAGAGAAAAGGCGGACGACGUCAGCGUCAGGCAGCUGACACUCAGACCACGAACUAUCCCAAUAUGGAACAGCUGAUGGCCAUGUCGCAGCAGUCCAAUCCGCUGGGGAUUGCCGAAGCGCCAGCCACAGUGGAACACAAUCAAAAUCUGCAGCAAAAGCCAGUGGAACAGAAUGCCCAUUGGAAGAUGCUGUUGCUCAGCGAGAUUUUAUCCCAUCAGCGGCAAGCGCGGCCACAUGUCGAUGGAAACGAGGAUGUGUUGAAGCGCCUCGUUGCAAAAACAAGUCCAUACACAGCCAAGCUGCAGCAGACAGCACAGCAGCAAGUGGCAGGCGUGCUAGGCAAUAAUGGCAACAUGCCCCAGGUGGCAGUCAUGCCACAGUCAUCGGGCGGACUGCUGCCAAGCGAUAAUACUGGCAAGAGUGCAUUAGCCAAUCGGAUGGGCGGCACAGCCGGAUCCGGAGAUUCCAGCUCGAUCAGUAUGUAUGGCACACUGCUUAAAUCCAUUGCUAAACCCGAUAUCCAUUCGCCUCAAUCUAGUCGCCCGGAUCAGGCGCAAUCUGAAAUCGACACUAAGCCGGAGAUUGAAGCGCCGCAAUAUCUAAAUUGGGAUAUCAAGAAUAUGCGGCUCAAACAGAUCUCGCCAAUUGCCAAGGAUGCGUAUGUCGACAAGCUGGUCCAGAUCUUUGUCAAAAAGCAGGAAACAAUGGACAUCUUACAGAACAUACAAAAGCCGAACUUAUAGGCAAAGCAAAGCAACUUCUGUUCACAUUUAAAUGCCAUAUUUAUAUAUAUGUAUAUA